GCCUUGUUGAGUUGUUGCUCAUUCUAAAGAAAUCUUGAGUGUCUUCUCGGAGACGCUAACAGCUAUUCAAACUUACUCCGUAUAAAAAUUGCAUUGAAGAAUAAGGCGGGAAAAUUUGUGAUGAUCGAGAAUAGUUGAAGUAAGCAGUCCUUACCCAGAACGGCGCCUGCCUAAUUGUCCACCGCGUAACUUUGUCAUGGGCGAAGAAACCGUCCAAAUUCUUAAACUCUCUGAGCUUAUCGGACGUUCAAGACCACUCACCGGAGCAUUUUCUCUCAUUAGCAGCCCUUCUAUCUCUCUUUCAGGACCUACUCGAAAUUCUGGAGUUCGAGACGAACCUGACAAAGGCUCCCGCCCGGAUACCGCAACCCCUACCCAGAAAGUUCUCAAAUCUUUAACAUUUCCGGCACUUCUCACCGGAACCCUAACUCUACCUACUCAUAACGACGACUCAAGUUCUAAAUGCGCUUGCUUUCAGUUCUCUGAUGGUUCAGCUACCGUCUGCUGUGACAUUCUCACGUUUGAUCUGAAGAUAAUAGGCAAAAAGAUCAAAGUUUUGGCUUGGAACUUCAUUCCUCUCAGUAGUAACAGUGGUUUCUUGGAGAUUAUUCGAUGGGAGUUUCUUGAACCUCCUUCUUUCUUGGACACAUUUAGUCUUUUUCAAGUUUCUAGUACUAAUUCUGCUGGUCCUGCAAAAGCUCAGCAUUUCUUAACGGGAGAAAUAGAAUCGAUUAGCCCUGUUUCAGUUAUACCGUGUGCAGGUUCUACUACCAGCGAGAGCAACUGCUUGAAGAGUCUUCGUGGAUUUCUUGCCAAAAUAUUAGUUUGUGAGUGCAAUUUGUGUUGGUGUACAUAUUCAACAAUUCAAUUAAGUAAAUCAAAUGGAGAUUCUAUUUGUCAUUGCUUUAACAAGCCUGUUAUUGUGUACUUUUGCGGCCCUGCUUCACAUUGGCAUCCAGUAAUGACUAGAUUAGUUGGAAGAUUAGUUUCUUUAUCAGGGUUGAAGAAGAAAUCAGUUUCUAUAGGGAAAGGGAUAUCACAGUUGAUGUAUGUGACAGCUGAAAAAUCUUCCAUACGUAUUUCUACCUUGCCGGACCAAUUUAAAAGUAUCCCAAAGUUUGAUGUAAGAGGUAACGGUAAAUGUGGGAGUUAUAAUGGGAUGGUCACAGCCAUUUACAUGCAGGGAAUGAUUGUUGAGCUGGACCAAGAAGUAAUGCUACUGUUAACUAAUCGUGAUAUCAUUGUGCCUCAUAGUUUGAGAGUUGGCGCCAUAGUUUCUUUGAGAAAUGUUCACUUUGUGAAUCCAAGAUUUUCUUGGGCGAAGUUUCUUAUUCUAGGAUCUUGCAUUAAGACAAGUGUCUCUGUUAAAUCUUUCUCUUUGUUAGAAACCGGAGGUUAUACUAGGCCACGACAUCAGAGCCUUUUGAGGAAGUUUAUUGACUCUCUGACCUUCGUUGCUAGGCUGUGGGCAUUGCUUGUCAUAGCAACUUUUAGGAGAAAAUUCACUGGGAUCUUAUCUACAAAGGAGAUUAUUGGAUCGAAAAAUGUGUUAUCAGAAGAAAGGACUGGCUCAGCUGUAUGCAACCUCACGUUUACCUAAGUCAGUCUUCUUAUCUCAGCAUGGACCUUUUUGGGCUUUCUGCAAGCAUGAUACGUGUGCCUGUAGCAGUGAAGUGAAUUAUUUUCAGCCGAGUUUAGUAGUACCAUUCUCUAACUUAAUUUAUUACUGCGAGUCAAUUUGGAUUGAAGUGCUGCUGGAUCAAGAAAGAGUUAAUAUCAUGGGCCCAAAAGACCAAUAUAAGUCAAUUUCCUGCGGGAUUGUGGAUUAUAUGCAGUUUAUAAAGAGAAUUGUGCACAGUGAUGAAAUUGGCAUUUCAUUGGUUGGAAACUUAAAGAUUUCUGAAUCUUCUGGAAGGUUGCAACUAGUGGAUGCAACUGGCAGCAUUGACAUUACACCAAAUUUUUCAUUGAAUUGGAAUUUUCAGAGUAUAUAUGAGGUUAAACGGUUCACUUUAGCUAUGCAAGGCUUACCUGAAAAGAUGGACAAUUUCUAUUUACCGAGAGAUGAACCUUUUUCAUGUCGGAGUAUAUUCACCAGUGGCCCACAAAUGCAAAAGAUUAAUAUUUCUCUCCAUUUUUUCUACAAUGUGGCAGACAAAGAAUCCAUAAAGCAUCCAAUUUCUGAAAAUAUCAAUAUGAAAGAGACCUUUCAAGAGCUUGAAAGGGGGCGGUUUCAUCUCCUAUUGAUAAAGCAUAAGUUUCCCAUUCUUCAAAAGUAUCAAGGUCAUCAUGGAAUUUCAAGUAAGCUGAGUCUGUUUGUUGAGGCUCUAGUUCUGCCAUGGGAUCUGCAUAUCUCUGAGAGUGAUGAAGAUAACCUUACUGACAUAAUGAUAGAUCCUGAGAAAUAUCUUAGUGGAACUUUACCUCACGCAUCACCGGGCAAAUGUAAUGUUUCAAGUUGCAUCUCAGAAGUUCUCUGUCUUGUUACUGGUAGAAGAGAGAAUUCCCACUGCGUGGGCAAGCUACAAUGCCACCAUGCUGGUGUGAUGUUUGGCCGUUCUCAACCUGAUAUGAGAAAGGCAUUAUUGGAAUUCACCUAUGAUGCAUUUUCUGUGUAUGAGGCCCUGAGAAUUGGUUGUUAUUACAUGAUAAAGCACAAUGAGGCAGACAUGUUGUGUGCGUCAGCAAGCCACAAUAAAGUUCUGAUGAAUUUCAGAACUUAUAUUUGGAGCCUUUCGUUCUCAACUUCUGUGGUUUCCCCUGAAAGCUUCCCUCAUGAAACACAAUCUGACAUUAACCUGUUUCUUUCUUCUACCUUCAUACACCUCCUGGAAGAAGAUUUCAAACUGCCGAAGUCAGGUCAGAUUGGUCCUCAUGUUUCAUCGGAAGAAGAAACAGAGAUGAAAUAUUGCAAUGAAGAGAAAGUUAGUUCUUCAGUGCUACCAAGUGGAACAAGAUAUUCUGAUCACCAUUUACCUGAAGGAAAACUAAUACAUUUACGCGGACGAGUAUGUGCUGUUCAUCCUUUAGAUGAUAAUUUGCACCAUGGAGCUCCUCUUCAUUCCAUGUUAUUUGAAGAAACAUGUAUCUGUGUCCAUCUUAUGGUGGGCCAAAAGAUGGUCAGGAUAUAUGGGGCCAUACAUAAGAACGCUUGCCCUGCUGGAUUUGGAAAAGGUGCCACUGCAACAUUUCGCCGAAUCCUAGCACUUAGUGGACAGGAUGGUUUUAUGAUGAUACCUUCAUCUUACAUCAGUGUGCACUCUGAUGUCAUCAGCUAUUAUGCUCCUGCUGCUGAAGACUCACUUAGUCUUGAUCCGUGUAGUAAUGUGCCUAGGGCUUUGAUUUAUGAAACAAUGCAUUGCUCAAAGAAUCAACCAAUAGAGUUCCGUUGCAGGGUUGUAGCUGUUUAUGUCCUCAUUAUGGAAAACAGGGACAUCAUGUACUCUUACCGAAGGGCAAAAACCAAGUUUAGCUCAUCAUCUUUUGACUACAUUCCUCUUGCCGGGUUCAUCUUAGAUGAUGGAUCAUCUUUAUGCUGUUGUUGGGCGACUAAUGACCAUGCAGCAGCUUUGCUUGGAUUAUCGCACUCCAAAGUUUAUUGUGAAGGUCAUGAAAAGAUUCAGUCAAGAUCAAGAAAGAGCAGAAAAGAGAAAAAUUGCAGUGUGGUUGGCAGUCAUUUGAAGGACAUAAUUAAGCGCCACCAUGGCAGGGUGGUUGUCAAAAACCUUGGAUCAACAUUUGAUCCUUCCGCUCAGGAACUAAUGUUUUCCGUUAACUUGGACACAAUCAUGAGCACCUCGGAUGAACACUUCCUCAGGAAGGUGAUUCUAAAUGCUUGCUCCAGCAACACUUGGAAUGUGGUGGUGAGGCUUGUGGACUCAGAAGAGAGCAAAGAAUUAGUAAAGCAUUUGAGGGAAGUGGAUAUGUUGUUGCCUCAGAUGAAGAAUGUUUGGGCUUUAGGAGUUGAUCGCGUAGAGGCUCUUGCGGAGGCAAGAUACAUCAUUGAAGGACUUGCUGGUGGUUCCUAAUAGGCCUAAGUGCCUAACCCAGAUAUCGUCAAUACUUGUGCAUAGUUGCUCCUGCUUUGCUUGUUCUACUAAUUACCAUCAAAUUAAUUAACAAAUCUACUAAUAUUUAUUUUUAUAGAAAGACAGCUUCAUUUUUUCACAGUUAUACUUUCAGUUAUAUUUUUUCGCACUACCAACACUAAUACUACUGUUGUUAUUUAUGAUUAUUAUUAGUUUAGAAAAAUGGCGGAACCAAAACUGGCAGUUUGUAUUACAUUUUUUGGGGGAACCAAACUACCAAAGGUGCUAUGGGGUUCCGACCAAACCGCAACUGAAUUACUGAAGUUUG